UGUGUGUGUGUGUGUGUGUGUUUGAGAGAGCGCGCUUGUCUAUUUAAGAGCUCGAGCGCAUCGCGCCGACCGCGCAAUUGAGCUUUGCUGUCGGAGCAUCACCACCUGCAGGAGCGAGCAGGUGCGGCGCAUGCGCAAAGGGAUGAACGUAGAUGGGGACUGCAGCAUGUCAGUGAACUGCGGCAAUGGCAAGCUCCGGCAGUGGCUCAUCGAGCAGAUCGACAGCGGCGAAUACCCAGGCCUGGUGUGGGAGAACGACGAGAAAACGAUCUUCAGGAUUCCGUGGAAGCAUGCGGGAAAGCAGGACUACAACCGCGACGAGGACGCGGCACUGUUUAAGGCCUGGGCUCUGUUUAAGGGGAAAUACAGGGAGGGCGUGGACAAGCCGGACCCUCCGACGUGGAAGACCCGUCUCCGCUGCGCCCUCAACAAGAGCAACGACUUCGAUGAACUCGUAGAAAGAAGCCAGCUGGACAUAUCGGACCCUUAUAAAGUCUACAGGAUCAUUCCUGAGGGAUUAAAACGAGGCUCCAAGUCGAACAGCAUUGAGGAAAACUCGCCCCACUUGACAACUCUCAGUUACCCCAUGCACACUUUUAAUUCUUCUCUACAGCCUCAGAUGACAAGCUACAUGCUACCACAGGACAGGAGAGAAUGGAGAGACUUUGGUCCGGAGCAGGCACACCAUACUCCUCUGCAUGCCGAGUUAGCAUAUACCCCGUAUGCGUCCCGGCCUCUGCAUUGGCAAACACAGCCCUGCGACAACGGUUACCAGAUAUCCGGGUCCUUCUACACGUACUCUCAUUCCGAGUCCCAUCCCGUGUCAGUGGACCAGAGUAUGAGAUCUGCAGAGGCCAUGGCUCUCUCUGAGUUCCGCCUGCACGUGUCUCUGUACUACCGUGAGAGUCUGGUAAAAGAGGUCACCACCAGCAGUCCUGAAGGUUGCCGGAUCUCGUCCUCUCCCUCCCCGUCGUCUCCGUCCUCCCCGUCGUCCCCGUGCUCGGAGGACAGGUCUUUCGGUGGGCCCGAACCCGUGCUCUUCCCGUACCCUUACCCGCAGUCACAGCGACGCGGUGCUGAUAAGCUUCCCAAUGUGCUGGAGCGCGGCGUGUUGCUCUGGCUCACACACGACGGACUCUAUGCCAAGCGCCUGUGCCAGAGCAGGGUGUACUGGGAAGGACCGUUAGCGCCGUACUCAGACAAACCCAACAAGCUGGAGAAGGAUCAGACCUGCAAGCUUCUGGACACGCAGCAUUUCCUGUCAGAAUUGCAGGGUUUCAUCCAUAACGGACGCCCGAUGCCCAGGUACCAGGUGGUGCUCUGCUUCGGAGAUGAAUAUCCAGAUCCUCAGCGACAGAGCAAGAUGAUCACAGCUCAGGUAGAGCCGAUGUUUGCCAGACAGCUGUUGUAUUAUGCUGGCCAGACCAAUGGGCAUUACAUGCGGAGUUACGAGCUGUCCACUCCGGGCCCCCUGCCUGUCGAGGAGUACUCGAGGAGUCUGCAGCACAUGCAGGAGUGACCUUGAUAACCCCAAACUGCCCGGAACAGACUUGUCUCAGGACGCUUUUCUUCCUUCUCAAUCUGCACUGUUUCUCAUUUCCAAAGAAGUUCUUCCAGACUUCAGCGGGCAGGAAGAGAGACGGGACGCAGAGGUCAGGUUCCCGUCCAACCUUCCACAGACUCGUGAACUUUAAACUCAAAGCUGUGCACCAAAGAGCCAGAGUAAUGAAAGGUUAUACACAGUAUUAUAAAUACACACCCCAAACUGUUAAAUGCUGUCCUUGAUACAUUAAAAAAAAUAUAUUGUUGGUUUUUUUUUUUACAAUUUUGUACUUUUUUUGUUUUACUACUUUGUCUACAAUGUUCAUUCAAUUUCCACUUCGAAAUCAGCUGCCUGUUCUGAAAAUUCAAGCUAAAAACGCUUCCUGUUUACAACUCGAUCAGCUUUCUAUUUAUAUUUGUACUGUAUAUUGUGUGUUAUGCAUGUCACUCUGUGUUUGUGUGUGUGUGAGUGUGUGUGUGUGUGUGUGUGUCUAAGUGUGUUUGUGUCUGUAUGGUGGGUGUAUCUAAUCUUGAAUGUAAUUCUUUUUUCCCUGAAUGAAGUCUCUAUUGAAGUGGUCAAUACUAAGAAAUUCAAGUUCGAGACUUAUUCAAAAGCCUGAAUCUUUAAUCAGUGAUAGCCAUCUUUUUUUUCGGUGCUCAGCAUGUACAGACGUGUGUGUGUAAUGUGUGUGUGUGUGUGUGUGUGUGUGUGUGUGGUAGAGUGUGUGCUGAUGGGAAACUGUCACAUGCAGGUUAGUGGCCUCAGAAUUGUGGUAAAUUGUCAAAAGGUCAAAAGAGGAGGGGAGCGGAAAAUCGGCUCUAUUUUUCUAUUUUUCUCUCUUUUUAAAGAAAAAAAAAAUCUAUCAGGAAAAAGAAUUUGUAAAGCCUUAUUUUUUUUAUCCUGUCAAUAUUAUUUUUCUGUAAUCAUGCGUUCAUGGAAAUAAAGAUUUUUUUUCUGUUUCA